AUGGAGUCAAAGGAUGAUGCAGGGCAUUUCUUUCUUUUAGAUAUCUGUCCUCUUCAAGAGCAGUGUGACCAACAGUAUCUUACUGUUUUGGACCAUCUCCUAACCAGGAAUAGUAGAAUUACAUUUUCUACUACAAGAAGGAAACAUGAUGAUUAUGAGAAAUACAGAGAUCAAGAUCAAGCCUUCUCCUGUCUUGAUUCAACAGCAGAACGAUCUAGCAUUUUAAAUGAUGCAGCCACAUAUGGUAAUUUUAACAAUUUAAGAUUCUGGUAUAAUCUUGAGAUCCAUAGCACUCCUGGACCACCCAUAGAGAUUAUGGAAAUGACAUGUAUUGCUCUGGACAGCACUUACAUUGAAAUACCUCUCUCUAAUCCAAAAGAUAGAGUUCUUCACUUAGAUGUGCAGUUAACAAGUGCUGCUCUUAAUGGGGAUAAUGAAAUUACCCUGAGUCCACGAAAGUGCACCAAAUAUAUGGUAUGGUAUUCUCCAGCAACUACAGGCUAUAGCGAUGAAAGCGUUAUUUUUCAGCCUGAAAUGGCUGAAGAGUUCUGGUAUUUACUGAAAUUAACUAUUGAAUUGCCAAAACCAACCACAAUGCCAGAAAUACAGUGCGACCUUGGCAAGCAUGUCACUCAGAUCAUUCCUUUAGUUAAUCGUACGCAUGAAACCUUAAAAUUGCAAGCAACAAACAGUAAUCCUGAAAAUUUUGUCCUGGAUAUUAACAGAAAAUCACAACUGAUCAUAUCUCCUCACUCCACCACAGAAUUACGUGUUGUCUUUUAUCCUUCUGCACUUGGAAGAGCUGAUCAUCAAGCUUGCAUCAACUUCUACUGUACUCAGUUUACAGAAUGGAAAUUCUACUUAUCUGGAGUAGGACUAUUUCCCCAGCCUCUAGACACGGAAAGAAUAACAACAUGCAUUGGUCUUCAGUCAACUACUGUUAUACUUUUCAAAAAUCCCACAAUGGAAGAUGUCCUCAUUCAUGUAACACUGACAAGUGUGGAACGUCCCAGGAAUCUUGUCAUUGAUCAUUGCUGGGAUAGCUUCAUCUAUGAGAGUUCUGCCUUCAGGUUGAGUUCUCCGAGUGAAAUACAAGGAAUUGCACUGCCUCCUAAAGGAAAUAUAGCUAUCUCAUUGUUAUUUAUACCUCAAAUUAUGAAAUUACACAAAACAAUGGUUAUUAUUGAGAUGACGAAAGCAAAUGGAAAAUAUUGGCCUAUUGACAAUUUUGAUGAGUUGGAUAUAGGAUUUAAAAGUAUUAUGGGAAUCAACAGCGAGGAAAUCCAGGCAAUACACUGGAUAUACCCUAUUGUUGGACUCCCACAAGCACCACCUCCUAAAUCUCCUCCAGUUGUCAUACAAUGUCAGUCCAGGAAGCGGGCAGAAGAGAAGGUGGAAAUCAUACUGAAUGCUGGUUUUUCCGGGUAUAGUCUUACUCCAGACCUGACAGAAGUUUCAGUGAUUCCAAAAAGAAAUUCACAUAAUUUUUGUGAGGAUCCCAAUGAAAUUCCUAAAAUACAUGAAUUUGAGUAUGAAAUUCAAUUUGAAUCUGAAGCUAUGAAGUCUAAGUUGGAAUCCUGUGUAGCUUUAUAUAUGAUUGAAAAAUCUUAUGAUAUUACGGCUAAAAGGAUAACAUUUAUCUUCAAUCUGGUAUUCACACCAAAGAAACCAUUAAGGUCUCACAUAACACUGAAAAUAGAGUGCGUAACAGAAGGGAUCUGGAAGUUUCCCAUAAUGUUGAUCGCUACUGAGCCUGAUACGGAUGCUGUCAUUGACAUUGAAGGAGUCAGUUUAUUUAAGGAAUCUGUUUUUGAAUUUAGGCUGAAAAGUCAGACAAGAAAUCCUGAGCCGUUCACCGCACACUUCCUACCUGGCAGUGAUCUGGAGUUUUUUGUAAAACCUCAGGCUGGAGAACUUCUUCCUUUUAACACAAACGGAACUCUCAUCACUGUAGGAUUUAAACCUAAAAUGUCCUGUAGGAAAUAUAAAGCAACAUUAGUAAUACAGACAGAAGAAAUGUACUGGAAGUAUGAGAUCAACGGAUUAUUUCCAACUACCGUGCCACCGAAAAAUGCAAAAGCCAAAAUUGAUGCUACUCACAAGACACAUGACAACAUGCCAGUCCGUCCACGUAAUUUUGUCUGUGAAAAUACUAAACUCAUAAGAACGGGGGUGUCUUCCCCCAUCAAGGGUGCUCCUCUGGUGAAGAAGAAUCAAUAAAAUUUUUUUCCAAAAUA